AACAACAACAAACAAUCAAACAAACACUGAGCAGCGGGUGGACGUUGACGUAUCCCGACGGCGUGACGUGUUGUCGGUACGCCUCUGUGAGACGUUCAGGUGCGUUCAGAAGUGAAGGACAACAACAGCACGGAGCUGCUUCACUUCCUUAAUACACAGCAACAGAUGAAGGCGGCGGUUCGGCGCGAGACAGCGGACGUUUUGAUCCGGUAAGCGGACGUUUGGGUCCAGGUGAGGAGGAUGGUGGAGCCCGCGACCGGCUGCGUGUUUGAGGACAUCCAGUAUGAUGACAUCCAGGUCGAGGCGGCCGUCGGCAGAGGAACCUUCGGAGUUGUUUUCAAAGCUGUGUGGAAAGGAAAAGAUGUGGCCAUCAAGACCAUCGAGAGCGACAACGAGAGGAACGCGUUUCUGGUGGAGCUCCGUCAGCUCUCCAGAGUCAGUCAUCCGAACAUCGUGAAGCUGUUUGGUUCCUGUGACGACCCGGUGUGUCUGGUCAUGGAAUACGCAGAAUGUGGAUCUUUAUACAACCUCCUGCACGGUACCGACCCGCAGCCCCACUACACCGCCGGCCACGCCAUGAGCUGGUGUCUGCAGUGCGCUCAGGGCGUCGCCUAUCUGCACGGGAUGAAGCCCAAAGCUCUGAUCCACCGGGACCUGAAACCACCAAAUCUGCUGCUUGUGGCCCGCGGGACAGUUCUGAAGAUCUGUGAUUUCGGAACCGCCUGCGACAUCCAGACCUACAUGACCAACAACAAAGGCAGCGCCGCCUGGAUGGCCCCAGAGGUGUUUGAAGGAAGUAACUACAGUGAGAAAUGUGACGUGUUCAGCUGGAGCAUCAUCCUCUGGGAGGUCAUCACACGCAAGAAGCCCUUUGAUGAGAUCGGCGGCUCGGCGUUCUGCAUCAUGUGGGCCGUUCACCGAGGUACACGUCCUCCGCUGAUCAGAGAUCUUCCAGAACCCAUUGAGAAUCUGAUGACCCGCUGCUGGGACAAAGAACCCAACCAGAGACCGUCCAUGAGCGAGGUCCGGGACACCAUGACCCACUUAAUGAAGUACUUCCCAGGCUCUGAUGAACCCCUCAGUCUUCCUCACCAGUCUUCUUCCAUCAGAAGUGGCUCUUCCUCAGACCCGUGUGCUGACGACUCCUUCGGCAGUAACCACAGCGACGACUCUGAACACAGAAACUCAGCUGGAAGAGACGAAACCCUGAAGAGCUUUGAGUCCAAAUUCCCUCUGCAGUUCAAGCCCUCGAAGACUCCUGGUCCUGGUCUGCGUGCUGGUCCUUCCAGGACGUCCACCUUAGACAGCCAGUCAGACGGCUCUCAAAGCCCCGCCCCCUCCAGCAGCUCUGUCUCCACCUCCAGCCAACCAGAGCUGAGGAUGACCCUGAAUGCAUCAGCUAACAAUGGAUUCGAUGGCCCGGUUUCAUCAGCCUAUCAGAAACUGGAUCACCAGCUACAGCCCCUGGCUCCAUGUCCAAACUCCAGGGAGUCCAUGGCCGUGUUUGAGCAGCACAACCGGAUGGCUGAGGAGUACAUGAAGGUCCAAUCAGAGAUCUCCAAGCUGCUGUUCAGAAAGCAGAAACUCGUGCGUGAGCUGAAGCAGGAGCAGACGGAGCAGCAGAAGUCAUCUGAACUCCUCCAGGAACACAGCAAGCUGCUGGAGGCAAACAGCCGCUUGGCCGCCCACUGCCAGGGCCUCCGGAGCAAACUGAGCCUGAUCCAGAACCACUACCACAGCUAGGACCGGGUCGGGCGCUGGUCCCUGCUGCUGGUUUUACUCCGGUCUUCUUGAUGUCUAAACAGCUGGAUGAAUAGGAGCUCAUUUUUCUGGAAACCAAGACUGUAAACUAGAGUACCAAACCCAGUUAGAACUGGACGGUUGGUUUGGACGGUUCGGUUCUGAAGUUUCAUUGUGUGACAUUUGAAACAUUAAUAUGAGUCCAUUUGGAUCAGACCAGUCUAACAGAACCAGGACCGUAAUGCUAACAGAGCGAUCCUCCACCUCCUUCAUCAUCUUCUCUGAGCUGCAGUAAAAUUUCUCACACAGAACCAGAACCAGAGGUAAACCCACACAGAAACCCGCUGCAGCUUCAGAUCACAUGACGAAGGAGCUGUCAGAGCAGGAAGUGACAUCAUCUUGUUAAAGACAUGUCAUCGUGAGCUCAGAAAAGGCCUCUAUCAGUCCGGGUUCUGUUGACGUUGCUGAGCUUUAGCAGGUUCUGUUCAGUCGGUACCGCUGGUACCACACCUGACAUCACGUCUGCAGGUGAACCACAGAUUAAACCCGAAUGUGUCCGAGUGGAAAUCUUAAACCCGAGACAGGUUUUUGAUUUGGAUCAGAUGUCCACAGUCAGCUGAUGAAGAUUCAGUAGAAGCUGUGAAAGUGUUUAGUUUUUUUUCUUUGAACAACUUUCUACAUUUCCAGAUGUUGGACGAAGCGAACUGUUUCACGUCUGGAUGACGGUUCUGCUCCCUCUGCACACGCAACAGGAAAUACUUUUUAUAAAACAGCCGACUAAUGAAAUGUACAGAUAAUGUAAUAACAUUGUUUUCAAAACUGUUUCUUAUAUUUUUAUUUGAGUAAAACUUUUCUAACAAUUUA